UGUGGAGAGCUCCUCGACCACGACUCCGAGCUCUGUUCUUUCACGUUUCAACAGGUUGUGAACAGCUCCCGAGGAUGGAGGCUGUCUAUCGUAGAUAGAUCUUCCUUCUUGAGCUCAGCGAUCAGGGUCCAGCUGGGGAGCUGGUGGGCGGAUCUGCUUUGCUUGGUUGUGCGGUGGGCGACUUGUGAAUGGUGAUCAGGCGGGUGCAGCCUCGCUCAAGCGAGUGCCAAGUUCAAGCGUGACGGCCUCACUGUUUCUCGUUGAAUUGCUAGUAGCGGGCUAGUAGCGCACUUGGGGUUGGACCCGCUUGGCCAGCGCCAUGGCGCCCCCGCGAGAGGAGAUGAGUGCGCUGUUCCCCAUCUUUUUGCUGUCCAUGAUGGCCCUCGUGGUCAUCCCCUGGACCGUUGCCCGCCUGCUGGGGGUCAGCGCCCGCCACCGCAAGCGCGCCCCGCACUGCCCCUGCAGCCUCUGCAAGAGAGCGCCCAAGCACCAGACCACACUCGCCAAGCAGGUGUCGACUUUCCUGACAGUGACCAAUGUGUUCCUCGUGUUGGCGUGGCUGGCCAUGGCGGUGCUGCUGCUGGCCAUCAAGAGCUCCCCGGGAGAGGUGGCCCCCUUUGAGCCAUACUCCAUCUUGGGGCUGCAACCGGGCGCUUCCGAGACGGACAUCCGCAAGGCGUACCGCGCCAAGUCGCGCGAGUACCACCCCGACAAGAACCCCGACCCUAAGGCGACGGCGUACUUUGUGGACUACGUGACCAAGGCGUACAAGGCGCUGACGGACGAGGCGGCGCGCGCGAACCUGGAGAAGUACGGCAACGUGGACGGGCCGCAGGGCAUGGCGGUGGGCAUUGCCCUGCCCAAGUUCAUGCUGGACGCGCAGGGCGGGUCGGGGGGCGUGCUGCUGGCGUGCCUGGUGGGGGGCGGCAUCCUGGCGCCGCUGCUGGCGGCGGUGGUGUACCUGUCGCGCGCGGGGCAGUACAACAGCAACGCGGUGCGCACGGCCACGCUGGCGUACUACUACCAGCUGAUCAAGCCCAGCCUGGCGAGCAGCAAGGUGCUGGAGGUGGCGGUGCACGCGCAGGAGUAUGUGGAGAUGCCCGUGCGCCGCAGCGACGACGAGGCGCUGGCGCGCGUCUUCACGCUGGUGCGCAGCGAGCUGGGGCUGGACCCCAAGAACCUGAAGCAGGAGCAGGCCAAGUUCUGGAAGAAGCAGCACCCCGCGCUCAUCAAGGCGGAGCUGUUGCUGCUGGCGCAGCUGACGGGGCAGGCAGCCGCCGUCCCCGCUGCGCUGCAGGCGGACCUGGCGGCGUGCCUGGCCCUCACGCCGCGCCUGCUGGAGGAGCUCAUGAAGAUGGCGCUCGUGGCGCGGCCCCCGCAGGGGCGCGGCUGGCUGCGGCCGGCGCAGGGCGUGUGCGAGCUGCGGCAGGGGCUGGUGCAGGCUAUCCCGCUGAGCGCGCGCAAGGCCGGGGAGAAGAUCCCGGCCGCUGCGGAGCUGCUGCAGCUGCCGCACUUCGGCGAGCAGGCGGCCAAGCGCGUGGGCCGCAAGCGCGUGCGCAGCCUGCAGGACCUGAUCGACAUGGACGAUGCGGAGCGCGCUGCGACGCUGACGGCAGCAGGGCUGUCGGAGGAGCAGGCGGCGGACGUGGAGGCGGUGCUGGGGGUGGUGCCGCAGGUGGAGGUGGACGCGGCCGCGGAGACGGAGGGCGAGGAGGGCGUGCAGGAGGGGGACGUGCUCACGCUGCGCGCCUGGGUCACGCUGCAGCGCCGCGACGCGCCGCCGCACACGGUGCCACACACGCCGCUCUUCCCGUACCCGCACGACGAGGGCUGGUGGCUCAUCCUGGCGGACGGCAACGAGACGCUGGUGAGCCAGAAAGUGAGCUGGGCCGACGAGGAGGGGGCGGUUGCGGCUGUCAAGAAGCUGGCGGAGGAGGCGGCGGAGCAGCUGGGGCAGCCAGAGAAGGCCGCGGAGGAGGUGGCGCGCGACAUGGAGCGCAUCCGGGCAGGGGGCCGGCUGGUGACGGCCAAGUUUUUGGCGCCGGUGGAGGGGCUGCACCUGCUGACGUGCCACUGCCUGUCGGACACGUGGCUGGGCGUGGACGCCAAGUGCAGCAUCAAGCUGCGGGUGAGCAAGCGGAGCAGGGCGGGCACGCGGGGCGGCGCGGAGGCAGGGCUGGCGGCAACAGAGGAACGGUGGGAGGAGGAGGGCGAGGAGAGGGAGGAGGGAGAGGAGGAAGAAGAGGAGGAAGAGAUGGACGACGAGGACUACGAGAGCGAGUACAGCAGCGAGGAGGAAGAGGAGGAGAAAGCAGGAGGGGAAAAAGACGAGGACGAGAAGGACGAGGAGGGGCCGAGGAAACGAAAAGGGGGGAAGAAAGGACAGGAGAGCGGGGAGGCGCCGCUGGAGAACGGCGCUGAGGAAGAAGAAAGGCUCUGAUGAAAGUGAAGUGAGCAGGAAGCGGUUGACUUUGCAGCUCCUCAUAUCUCCAACGUUGAUCUGCUAUUCCAGUGCGCUUGGACGUAGCGCUGACUUGUGGCUGCGCCAAGAGGCGCGCCCCUUUUGAUACUCUUGAAGGGCACUUGUGGUGAAGGGCUUGUCCUGAUAUUUGAAGGCCGUUUCGAAAUAAGUUCCAAGAGUUGUACGAGAGUUGAUCAUCGAGCAGCGGGACAGAGUCGUGCGCGCGAUAACCAGAGCUCUCCCAAUGGCACUCAAUCGAUGUACAAUUGGUCUCAACCCUACAAUCAGGCUCAAACAUCCUGAGUGCAUCAAUCAAUGCUUCCUGUGGUGGGACACAUUUGUCGAUUGUUGGAGCCCGGUUUACCGCGAGUGAUUUUUGGCAAUGGAGGAGGU